AUGAAUCUAGAUGAUUUCCUGCGUUCACUCUGCAAAAUCACCCGAGACUAUCACAACAAUAGCCACUCUUCCAGGUCAAACCCCGCGCAGUGCGGCAGAGGAUCCGAUGAUGCUGAUGGUUUGGUAGAUUCGUUGCUGCCAUUCGAGGUUAAAAUCUUGGAAUGCUGCUACAUGGCAUCUUUGAGUAACUUGGAGGAGGACAUGGCGGCAAUCGAAGACAAGUUUCGAGUAGUGGAGCAAAUGGUGCAUGAGAAGCGCAGAUACCAGGAAAUAAACAUGAUUCUGCACCACUUGAAACAGCCCGUGGUGAAUAUGAGCGAGAUUCUGAAGGGAUUCACCGAAAUGAUGGAUGAGUACCUCAACGACGAGGAUUCCAUGAAGCUUCUGGAAUUCGAGAGCCACAUGCUGUUUUACGGCCCAGAAACGCUUCGUAUAGGCUUCGAGGAUCGGACGGUAAACCGCGAUCUGGAGAAUCUGAUGGAGUACUUCGACCAGGAGGUGGACCAGAUGGCGCGUCGUUCCAGAACACUCGGAACGUCGCUGAACGAACUGGAGAAACACAUAACGGUCGCCCUGGCAAUUAAAAGGAACGAGAUGAUGCGUUUCGAACUCAUUUGCAGCGUUCUCAGCACGGCUUUCGGGGCUGGAGCCUGCUUGACAGGAAUCUUUGGAAUGAACGUAGUCAACAGAUUUGAGGAAAGCCACACGGCUUUCAUUGUGAUAUCGGUUAUCGCUCUGCUCAUCACAUGCUUCGCAGUAUUAGAACAGAGCGUACCACCGCGCGAUGUCGGAACUUCUGAUAACGGUGGGCUAAACAUACGUGGUUGUGACGUAACUACAGAGUCGCCAAAGAGGCGCCUUGGAACCGUUUCAGAUGCAACCGAAGAAGCUUCAGUUGGUGGCGGACUUAGUUGGAGCCAAGGUUCGUUGAAGUCGACAUCUGCGCUGAUUAGUUUAUCAGACGACCCAACUGAAUCAGUGGGCUCUAGCAUAGUGGGCAGCCAGCUCAGUGAAGACGCUGAUACUGCAGUUAGCAAGCCAUCAAAGAAACAGAGGAGAAGCCCUAAGAGAAAGGUGGAUGCUGAUGAACCGGCAGUUGGUUCGCUGUUCAACAGGAUUGUGAAGCCAGGCGACGGGUGCGCCGACAUAAAGUCGGCGAAAUUCGACCCAAGUCUCUUUGACAUCAGCCCAUAUAUCCCCCAACAUCCACCUGCUUCCCGCCAAAACUCGCUACUGUUCAUAUUUUUGGCUGAGGUAUUGCAGGAGGUUGAUGAUACAUUCAGAUCGGGCACGGGUAGUAGGAAAUGCGUAUCCACGAUCCUGUCGAACUUCUUUCGUGUCUUAAUCUACCACAGGCCGAACGACGUUAUGCCUGCCGUGUACAUCAUGGUUAACAGGAUCGCACCAGAGUAUGAGGGCGAAGAAAUUGGCGUUGGCGAUGUGCUGGUGAUCAAAGCAAUGGCGGAAUCCUACGGCAAAAGUGUAAAAUCUAUCAAAGAAAUGUUGACCAGGCACGAGGACCUGGGCAUCGUUGCCAGUAUGAGUAGCUGUACCUCCCAAACCAUCGUGAGGCUCCCCGACCUGACUAUAGAAGGAGUUUUCAAACAAUUCAAGUCCAUUGCUGCGGAAUCAGGGAAGAAUUCGGUGGAACGGAAAAAGAACGGGAUUAAACGCCUUCUGGCAUGCGCAAAGAGGAAAGAGGCUAAGUAUAUCGUUAGGUUUCUACAACAAAAAUUACGAAUCGGCGUGAACUCCAUCACAUUAUUUCAAUCGAUAGCAGAUGCAACUUAUCUCACAAAGGCUGCUAAAGGAGAUCAGCCGGCGAUCGGUGAUACACGGACUGCAGGCAUAAAGCAGGCCGAUACUAUUGACGAAAUGGAGAAGGCUGUAAAAACAGCGACAACACACUUAGCCUGCAUAGACACCAUUAUUGGUCAUUUGAUGGAUGGAGAUAACUGUGAACAGUUGCUAGAGCACUGCAAGAUACGACCAGGGAUUCCCGUGGGUCCUAUGUUGGCGAAGCCCGUCAGCAAAACGUCGGAAAUCCUGCCAGCCAUCGGUGGGCCAGGCGUGGCGUUCACUUGCGAGUACAAGUAUGACGGUGAGCGGAUUCAGUUGCAUUUGAUGAAAGACCGUACGGUCAAGAUUUUCAGCCGCCGCAUGGAGAACAUUUGCGAAAAAUAUCCGGAUGUUAUGGAGAGUUUUCGAAUAUGCGUGAAGCCCACAGUAAUAGACUGUAUAAUUGACCUUGAAGUGGUGGCGUAUGACCCUAAUAGCGGAAAGAUAAUGCCGUUUCAGCAUUUAUCCACCCGCAAGCGCAAGAGCGUGAUGGUGAAGGACAUAUCCAUACCGGUAUGCAUGUACCCGUUCGACAUUCUCUACCUGAAUGGCGAGUCCCUUGUGACAAAGCCCCUUUCAGAACGCCGUGUUGCGCUUGAAUCGGCAGUAUCUGAAAGAAAAAACCUUCUCCAACUUGCAUGCCGCAAAGACAUGAACUCUCUGGAUGAGAUUGACGAUUUCUUGCGCCAGGCGGUAUCAGAUUCGUGUGAGGGGCUUAUGAUAAAAAGCCUACAUCAGGAUGCGACUUAUGAACCGCAGGUGCGAACCAACAACUGGCUUAAAUUCAAGAAGGACUACAUUGAUGGCAUGGGGGAUUCGCUUGAUCUCGUGCCAAUCGCAGCUUUCUCGGGGACUGUGAGUUUCUGCGUACGCCACUUUACUUACAUGCUUCAGGGAAGGAGAACAAGUGUCUACGGGUCCUUCCUCCUCGCAGUCUACGACCCGGUGCACGAAGUGUAUCAAAGUGCCUGCAGGACGGGCACCGGUUUCAAUGACCAAAUGCUAGCAGAUCUAUACGAGGGUCUGCAAGGGCAUAUCGUCCCCCACAAACCCGCGAUAUAUGAUGUUCCGGCGAGCAUCGAACCUGACGUGUGGUUCCUCCCGGUGAGGGUGUGGGAAUGCAAGGCCGCGGACUUCUCCUUGUCGCCACUGCAUACGGCAGGACAGGAUUUUACCCCGUUUAAGAAGGUAGGAAAUUAG